CAGCCUAUGGCCGUACAGUAAAUACUAUGAGCUCUGCCUCCUUCCCUGUCGAUGCAGCGAUGAAAGCAGAGGAGACAAUCCAGUCAUAACCGUGGAUGUGCCAUAAAACCGUGUGUUAGAUCUGAACUGUCGUACUGCAGAUAGUCAGCGGGGUGAAGUCACAGCUCUGCGGUGUUCCAGUCGAAGGCAGCGGGUAUCUGUGUCAGAGGUUAACCUGAGCAGGCUGAGACAGAGACUCACGGUGGGGUUUGUGGGCCCACUGCAGUCUGAAUCAACGCAGACUCGCCCCACCGCUGCUCUGUCAUCGACGUCGUUUGUGUGUCGACAUCCUCUCGGAGGCAGAAAACACCGGGAAGGGCCGUGAACCGAGCCCCGCGUUUGACCCUCUGCCGCAGCCCGAGGCGCGCUGCUUGGCAGAGCAUGCUAAAUAAUGAGCCAAAGGGACACACUGGUUCAUUUGUUUGCUGGAGGAUGUGGCGGUACAGUGGGUGCUAUUUUGACCUGUCCUCUGGAAGUGGUGAAGACCAGACUGCAGUCCUCUUCCAUCACUCUGUACGUCUCUGAAGUCCAGCUCAGCGCUGUCAACGGAGCCAGCGUUGCUCGUGUUGCUCCACCAGGGCCUCUGCAUUGCCUUAGGUUAAUUCUAGAGAGAGAGGGACCCCGUUCACUCUUCAGAGGACUGGGCCCCAACCUUGUAGGUGUGGCACCUUCCAGGGCAAUCUACUUUGCAGUCUAUUCAACAGCCAAGGAGAAGCUGAAUGGGUUGCUGGAGCCAGACUCUACCCAGGUGCACAUGGUGUCUGCUGGGAUGGCAGGGUUCACCGCCAUCACAGCCACCAAUCCCAUCUGGCUGAUAAAGACUCGUCUGCAGCUGGAGGCCAGAAACCGAGGAGAGCGGCGUAUGAAUGCAUUUGAUUGCGUGCGGCGGGUGUACCAGAUGGACGGCCUUCGUGGUUUCUACCGAGGAAUGUCAGCCUCAUACGCUGGCAUCUCUGAGACUGUAAUCCAUUUUGUCAUCUAUGAAAGCAUCAAACGUAAACUGUUGGAGUCCCGGGCUCACACCUGCAUGGACGAAGAGGAAGAGACGGUCAAAGAUGCCUCAGACUUUGUGGGCAUGAUGCUAGCAGCGGCCACCUCCAAAACCUGUGCCACCUCCAUCGCCUAUCCUCAUGAGGUGAUCCGCACACGGCUUCGAGAGGAAGGCAGCAAGUACCGCUCCUUCUUCCAAACUCUGCUGACAGUACCCAGGGAGGAGGGAUACCGGGCGCUGUACCGCGGCCUCACCACACACCUCGUCAGACAGAUUCCCAACACUGCCAUCAUGAUGUGCACCUACGAGGUGGUGGUCUACCUGCUCGGCCGUUAGCCCACCAGGACCGUCUCCUUUCUGUUUAAGGAGGGAGACGGUAAAUGACGGAGAUGGAGGCCCUUUGAUUAGGGUAUGAAAUGUGCAAAUGAAGACCAAAGGAAAAGUGAAGAUACUCUAUUAGACAAGAAUAGGACAAAUGGAAAGAAGAUGAAGAAAAAGGAAGGAGGUAGAGCACUUUGGCACCACAUCAGCAUCAUCCCCUCCACUUCUCUUUGUCAGACUGCGGGGACAGCUAGAGGGCGCCACAGUUCACAGUGGAGGUAAAAUGGCUCAGAAGAAAGAGGAGGCACUGACAGGAAAGGCACAGAACCAGUUUGGUGCUUGUUAAAGCACUGAAAGAUACGAUUUUGAGCAAAAUUCAGUGGCCUUAGCAGACAGGAUUUAACUUAAUUUUCACUCUUAAAUAGACAUCAUAGCAGGAGAAUGCUUGGAGGCGACUGAACUUGACAGGACAGAUGAAAGCCGAAUGUAGGUCAGUGUCAUUUUUUUAAAUAAGUAAUUGUACGAGCCGGCACUUGCUUCAGUGCUAUGCCAUCACAUGACACGCCGUUAAGGAAUGUUCAGCUAAAGUAGAACGUCAGAAGAGAGUUGGAUUAGAGACAAAAAUGUCAGUCAUCCAUCCACUGUUGCACUGCACAAGGUGUGGCUUCAAGCAUUCUCCUCCAAACACUGCAGUUGCCCCCCAGGGUGGCCUGAAGCUCAUAGCCCACAGUGAACUCAAUGCAAAUACAAUGAAAUACAACGAUGAGCUUGUGACAGUCAUAAGCACGCGCCUCAGACACUAUCGGGUGUUUAGGUUACAAACUGACUUCCAUUCAGUGUUUUGUUCCUCCAUGACUCAGCUCCUGGUGGCGACAUGGGUUGGUUGAAGUUGGCCUUUGGUAUUUUUGUUAAAACUGAAAUAAGAAGGCCGGCUUCUGCCUCCAGUCACUGCUCGGGGCUUAAAAUAUCUUGUGUGAAAACAUGAGACCAAUGUGUCCUUUUUGAAAUGUGAUAUGUGUGACUGUCCCAAAGGUACCGGAUAUCUUCUGUUGGAGUGUUGCUACUUGAAUAUAAUGUGACGAUUCGGGGAAAUGCUGGAGCGGGAGAAUAUUAAUGCAGUUUUAUCACCCCAUGGAGUGUAUGUGUGCGUGUGUGUUUAACAAGUUGGAUGAUCUGUGUUCAGGAGUGUGUGUGUGUGUGUGUGUGUGUGUGUGUGUGUGUGUGUGUGUGUGUGUGUGUGUGUGUGUGUGUGUGUGUGUGUGUGUGAGUGUGUGUGAGUGUGUGUGAAUGUGUGUGAAUGUGUCUGCAUGUAUAAUAAAUAUCUACUCCAGAUUUCCCUCCACUACCUAUUAAUCUUGCAAAACACUGCGGUUUGGAGAGGGGAAAGGUUCCUGAAUGAUACUGGGAGCUUUCAUUCCCACUCUUAACGUCAGUCCUUCCUUCCGAUGGCUUCCAACUGAGCUGAUAACAUGCACUUUUGUGGCCUUUUGGGGCUUGUGCUUUGCAUUUUAUUGUGUGGACAGUUUAAACUUGUACAUUGUAAAAGAAAAAAAGUAUUAACUGUAUAUCAAAAUGGUAUUUUGCUCAACUGUUCUUAUAGCAGAUAAAUUGUACAGUUUAGAGUUCUCAGUAGUUGUGAAGGAUGUUCAAAUGUUUGUACAUAUUAUUGAUACUGUAUAUGCAUAUCAAUUGUUUUUUUUUUCCCUUGGGCUCAUUUUGUGAUCAUGCUGUAGUUUGCAUUUGAAGAAGUUUGUUUUCUUUUUUGUGCAAUUGAAACUGUUUUCGACACAGGCAGGAAUAUUGAUGUUGCUUGAAUGAUUUCUCUCGCGUUUCUGUGUUGUCGUAAGUUGUUCUGCAAACAUUGUGUAUUUACAUGAAAACUAGCAAAUGCUGCAGAGCUAAUACAUCACUGUGAGCAUUUGAGCUGAAGCAUUGGUCCGUCAGUUCACGAGGUUCGUUAAAAAAAAGAAAAAAGAAAGAAGUGUUCCAGUUUGCAAAGCUCGGAUGUUUCCAUCAUUUUGGAUGUUUACAUUCUUCUUUACUUCCUGUCGGAUUCUUUUCAGUUCCUUUGCAACUAGUUUUCAAUAUCAAAAUAGAGGUGUUUUAAUGUGAGAUUUUACUGCUGCAUCUCUGACUGAAGAAGCCAUUUGUGCUCCUAUAGAUGAUCACUUCCCUUACAUUGCUCUCAUAAAAAAUGAUCUUUUGUGGAAAAUUCAACACACAUUUUCUCAAAUUAUAUCCAAACACCUCAUUAAAAUGUUCCUUUGAAUACUUUUCCAUUGUUCACCAUCUAAAAUGUUCCGUACUUGACAUUUAAAUCUGUUGUUGGGCCGCCCACCACAGCCUCUCUUACCAAGCUGCUGUCAUUUCGAUGCAAACGCACACUUUCAUGGUUAACCCCCCCAAAAAACAAAGCAUAAUAUUUAUCUAGAAAGUGUUACUUUCCACCAGUUACAGAAAAUCUACUGCAUUCACGCCUGAUGCUGUUCCUGAACGCUCCCAUUUUCCUCUGUGCUGCAGUAUCAUUUCAGACGCAAAGUGUUGUAACUUGUAAUAGUUAUUGAUUUUCAGUCUCCAUUGACAUACUGCUAAAAUAAAUGCUGACUCUUUUUAACAACCAUGCUUUCCCGUACAACACUAAUAGCUUUUACGGAUUUGUUUCGCUCUGCUGCAGUAAUACUUGAGGUGAAAUUACCAAAAUGUGACAGACAACUGGUCAAACAGUGCAGACAUUUCACUUUUUCUUUUUUAACCUCUCAUUUCAGUGUCAGUUUGCAAUUCAGUGUCUUUACCCCUGUUUGCUUGGACAGGAUGCAGCCUCAUGCAGGGUUCAGUGAAACCCAGAAGAUUGUUUUGUUUUUGCCAGCUCAGUCUUUAGUGUGUUUGUUUUUUAAAAUAAAAACUAAAUAAAAAUAUAUUUGCAACUGAAA